ACUCUUCCUCAGGCGAGUUUAGCACACUGGCCUUUUGCCUUAGAAUGAGUACAAAGUGAACCGAGCAGAGUGGAGUUACUCGUUUUGGACUACUUUUCUCUGCUCUCCUGUUCUCCUCUCCUGCGAGGCGGCGGUUGUUGGUUGCGGGGCACCUGGGUUAGGAUUAGUAUUCUGGGGGAAGGCUCUCAGCGGAAGGCUUAGCAACGCUGACCAGCCAGACGGACAGACUGACAGACGGAACUACUGUGGAUUUCUACACCGGGACAGAAGCAGCAGAACAAAUUAGGAAGCUGUAUAUUAACAGUGGAGUGGGAAAAAAAAACUCUACAUACUGUUGAUCCACCUCCACCUUGUUCUUCCUGCCCCUGUUUCAGUGCUGAAAACUGGGCCAGCACUUGGCUGGAGCUCCCUCUCUCUCUCUCUGGAUGUCUUGGAUGUGUUUCUCUCGUUGAGCCCCUUCCCCCUCCCGUCCCAGACCCUAGUGCUGGCUCUGGACCAGGGGUUAAGUGGUGGAGUAGAUGGGGGAGUGGGUAGAGUGAACUGGGGCUGUGUGGAUCUGACUUGGCCCUAUGUGUAUGGGAUUAGAAGCAUUGUGGCCCGGCGUAGACAGGGUGGUUGGUGUUACUUGGUAAGGAGGUAAAGGGUUGGUGUGGUGUAGUGGGAAGGAAGGAAGCCCUGGCCUCUAUGCAGUUCUGUGAGAACUCUGGGUGUUGGCCGGCUGUGGGACCCGAGAGAGAGCGAGCAGGGGGACCAACCCACAUGGCGACCAGUCCCGGCUGCAGCCUCUUCCCCAUGUGCUGGGCUGCAGAAUAUGACAGACACCUAGCGCACAGCAAAGGCAUGGCGACAGCUUACCUGGACCCCAACCUCAACCACGCCCUGGCUGGGGGGGCCAAGUCGCGCCUCAGCGCGGGCACGGCCACGGCCACGGAGCGGGCUCCCGGGGCUCCUGACAGGGUCCUGAAGGUCUUCCAUCACUUCGAGAGCAAUAGCGAGCAUAGCACAUGGGCCAGCAACAUCCGCCAUGGGGACGCCACCGAUGUCAGGGGGAUCAUCCAGAAGAUCUUGGACAUCCACAAGGUGAAAUGCGUUGCGUGCUUCGGUCUGCGCCUCAGCCACUCCCAGUCCGGCCAGGUCCACUGGCUCCACCCUGAUAUGGGCGUGUCCCACGUGAGGGAGAAGUACGAGCAGAACCGCUCCCAGGAGGAGUGGAGGUAUGAGCUGCGUAUUCGCUACCUUCCAAAAGGAUUCCUGCACCACUUCAGUGAAGACAAACCCACACUCAACUACUUCUACCAGCAGGUGAAAAAUGACUACAUGGUAGAGAUAGCCGACCAGGUCGAGCAAGACAUUGCACUUAAGUUGGGAUGCCUUGAAAUCAGGAGAUUCUUCCGGGAGAUGCGGGGAAAUGCGCUGGACAAGAAAUCAAACUAUGAGCUAUUAGAAAAAGAUGUGGGCUUAAGAAGAUUCUUCCCCAAGAGUUUACUGGAUUCAGUCAAGGCCAAAACCCUGCGGAAGCUGAUUCAGCAGACGUUCAAACAAUUUGCCAACAUGAAUGAUGACCAGAGCAUCCUCAAGUUCCUGGAGAUUCUGGCGCCCGUCUACAGAUAUGAUAAGGAGUGUUUUAAAUGUGCUCUCGGGUUAAGCUGGGUCAUCCAAGUAGAGCUAGCCAUUGGACCUGAGGAGGGCAUUAGCUACCUUACAGACAAGGGUUCGACUCCAACACACCUGGCCAACUUCACCCAGGUGCAGAAUAUUGGGUACUCAGUAAUGGAGGACAAGGAGAGGAAGGGCAUGCUGCAGCUCAACGUGGCCGGUGCUGCCGAGCCUCUCACAGUGACCACACCAUCACUCACCACAGCUGAAAACAUGGCCGACCUCAUAGACGGCUACUGUCGCCUGGUCAACGGAACCACCCAGUCCUUCAUCAUACGGCCGCAGAAAGAGGGAGAGAGAGCACUGCCGUCAAUCCCCAAGGUACCCAACAAUGAGAAGAGGAUAGUAGAGGGGGUGGUCCGGAGCGCCGGGGUGCGUGCCAUCUCUGUCUCAGACUCUGUGAACUCUGUGACCCCGACGCCUCCUAAACCUGCUAAAGCCAGGCGCUUUCUCCUUCCUUUUGUCUUCUGUGCCCAUGACUCUCCGCCAAAGGAGGAUUGUAGUGGGGAUGAGACGGACGACUAUGCUGAGAUUAUAGACGAAGACGAUACCUACACCAUGCCCUCAACCACCUCUCUUUAUCCUAACCGCCCAGCAGUGAGCUAUGGAGUAGACGAAGCCAGGGACUAUGAGAUCCAGAGAGACAGGAUAGAGCUGGGACGCUGCAUCGGAGAGGGACAGUUUGGAGACGUCCACCAGGGAGUCUACAACAGCCCGGAGAAUCCCACUCUAAACGUGGCCAUUAAAACAUGCAAGAACUGCACGUCGGACAGCGUGCGCGAGAAGUUCCUUCAGGAAGCACUGACCAUGCGUCAGUUCGACCACCCCCACAUAGUGAAGCUAAUCGGUGUGAUCACAGAAAACCCAGUGUGGAUCAUCAUGGAGCUGUGCACGAUGGGAGAGUUGAGGUCCUUUUUACAAGUAAGGAAGUACAACCUGGACCUGUCAACGUUGAUCCUGUUCUCCCACCAGCUCAGCACAGCCUUGGCCUACCUGGAGAGCAAACGCUUUGUUCAUAGGGACAUUGCUGCCAGGAAUGUGCUAGUGUCUUCCACAGACUGUGUGAUGCUGGGAGACUUUGGCCUCUCCCGCUACAUGGAGGACAGCUCCUACUACAAAGCUUCCAAAGGGAAACUGCCAAUCAAAUGGAUGGCUCCAGAGUCCAUCAACUUCAGACGCUUUACCUCAGCCAGCGAUGUGUGGAUGUUUGGUGUGUGUAUGUGGGAAAUCCUCAUGUACGGUAUCAAGCCCUUCCAGGGGGUAAAGAACAAUGAUGUCAUCGGGCGGAUAGAGAACGGAGAGCGUCUGGCCAUGCCCCACAACUGUCCCCCCACCCUUUACAGCCUGAUGACCAAGUGCUGGGCCUACGACCCCAGCAAGAGACCCCGCUUCACAGAGCUCAAAACCCAGCUCAGUACUAUCCUAGAGGAGGAGAAGGCCCAGCAGGAGGAGAGACUAAGGAUGGAGAUGAGACGUCAGGUCACUGUGUCCUGGGACUCAGGGGGCUCCGACGAAGCCCCCCCUAAACCUAGCAGACCUGGUUACCCCAGCCCUCGAUCUAGUGAAGGAUUCUACCCCAGCCCUCAGCAUGCUGGGCAGCUCAACCAUUACCAGGUUGGGUACCCUGGCCCCCACGGCAUGCCUACUAUGCCCAGUGGAGGUUACCCUUCCCAGGCCGGUGUCCUGGACCCCCAUGAGCCCUGGAACCACCACCGGCCAGGGGACGUCCCCAUGUGGUCCCCCAACAUGGAGGAUGGAGGUGCGUUGGACAUGCGUGGUCUGGGCCAGGCGCUGCCCCCCCACCUGAUGGAGGAGAGGCUGAUGAUACAGCAGCAGCAGAUGGAGGAGGACCAGCGCUGGUUGGAGCAGGAGGAGUGCUUCCUGAAGCCAGAAUCCAGGAACUCGCGGGGCAGCAUUGACCGGGAGGACUGCAGUCUCCAAGGGCCGACAGGAAACCAACACAUAUACCAACCAGUGGGACUGGGGAAACCAGAGCAUGUGGCCCCUCCUAAGAAGCCUCCUCGUCCUGGAGCCCCCAGCCACCUGGGCAGUCUGGCCAGCCUCAACCCUGUAGAUAGCUACAACGACGGGGUCAAGCCCUGGAGGAUCCAGCCUCAGGAGAUCAGCCCUCCCCCCACGGCCAACUUGGACCGCUCCAACGACAAGGUGUAUGAGAAUGUGACGGGUCUGGUCAAGGCUGUUAUAGAGAUGUCCAGUAAGAUCCAGCCAGCCCCUCCAGAGGAGUACGUCCCUAUGGUCAAGGAGGUGGGACUAGCUUUGAGAACCCUAUUGGCCACAGUGGACGAGACCAUACCAGUGUUACCAGCAAGCACACACAGAGAGAUUGAGAUGGCCCAGAAGCUCUUGAACUCUGACCUGGCCGAGCUGAUCAACAAGAUGAAGCUGGCCCAGCAGUACGUCCUCACCAGCCUGCAGCAGGACUACAAGAAACAGAUGCUGACGGCCGCACAUGCCCUGGCAGUGGAUGCCAAGAACCUGCUAGACGUCAUCGACCAGGCCCGGCUCAAGAUGAUCCAUGCCCAGUCCCGGGGAUCACACUAGCCCCCUCCGGCUCCUAGCUCCCUGGGCAUGGAAGACCUCCGAGGGGAGGGAGAGGGAUAUAACAGAGUGGAAGGGAGUCUGGUGCUGUGGAAAUAGGGCUGGUUGGUUUCAGCUCCCAUAGCAAUCAUAGACCGCACAAUGUCACAAGUCAAGACUGCUCAGUUCACACCUCGAUCAGAGCUCCUGAUACUGCAGGACAGAGACAGUGGUCACUCGACCUGAUCGCACCCUUCCAUCCCCUUCCUAAAAACUUUUUAUAGACUUCUGUUUUGUCUGUCGCUGCACUCCAGGAUCCUUGGAUGUUUUGAGAUCAGUUACAUACAAACUCUUGUUUUAUUAGAUUUGGCUGCGUCUCGUUUGUGCUAAUGUUUUUUUUAUCCAGAGAUGAAUUUCAGCUUACGUCAGACGUCUUCUUCUUCCAGGUGGCUAAUAAUUAUCACAGAUGUGGAAAUAUAAUAAAAAUCUAACUGGAACAUCUGAACCAUUGAAGAACUACAAGCUAUCUAUAUAUGGCAAUGGUUAACAUUGUGUUUCUGAGAUCAAUGGUUGGGAUGUCUGUGUUAAACACUUACCUUCCCUGUCCUACAGUAUCACAGCAUAUAAUGCUCUUCCCAACACUCUCGACUAGAAUUAUAUAUUUUGGCAUCCUCUUACAUAGACUCAGGCACCUCUGGACAGUGAAUAAUAAAAUAUAAAAAAAAUAUUUCUUUAUCAAACAUGUCACAUGCCACUUUAAGUUAACAGUAAAUAUACAAAUCAAUAUAUUUUUCUGCAUUUCUGGGAUUGAAAUGUUACGAGGGGCUUAUUUUUUGUCAUAAGGGGGAGGCGCAUUUAAAUUCCAGUGAAGAUGAACUAUCAUGUGCCAAAUGAUUUGAAUCAUCCAAUAGUUUGGCAGUUCUAUGGUAAAAAACACUGUCCCAUUGCUAGCCAUUCCCUUAUCACUAAAACAGUUUUUGUAUAUUUAAACCAGGUGCUCUAUUCAAUCUGUAUCAAUAAAGCGUUAAGAUUGCAGAAUAGUAAAGGUAUUUUCAGAUUGAGCUGACAUAUGCAGUGUUUACUAUGAAUGCAGCCUGUGCUAACAUUGACUUUAAAUUUCAAUUUAACGUCAUUUAGCAGACACUUACCCAGAGCGACUUGCCAGCUGCCGCCCCAGUAACGCUGAACUUCCGCAAUACGGAUUGAAUAGAGCCCCAAGUUAAACCUUUCUGCUUCUUUACCUGGGUCGUAUUCAAUAGGGCACACGUAGCAAAACAUUCUGCAACGGAAAACAAGCUUAUUCGACAACUUCAGGUAGUCCCGUUCGUCAAGUCUUUCAUUUGACCCAGCUUUACAGAUUCUGCCUCUCCAGACUGUUAGGCCUUAAUGUCCCUACCAUGUGUACAAUCUCAUCAAACCGCUCGUUUUGGGUAUAACUUAUUCUCAGGAAGAAUAACCUGUACAGUUCCUUAAACUAAUAAAAUGUAUCGUUCUGUCUUCA